ACAGGUGGGGGUCGGGGAGGGAGGAGUGGUAGAGACCUCCCGCCCUGCACCAUGCUCAUAGAAGAUGUGGAUGCCCUCAAGUCGUGGCUGGCCAAGUUACUGGAGCCGAUAUGUGAUGCAGACCCUUCAGCCUUAGCAAACUAUGUUGUAGCACUGGUCAAGAAGGACAAACCAGAGAAAGAACUGAAAGCCUUCUGUGCAGAUCAACUAGAUGUUUUUUUACAAAAAGAAACUUCAGGUUUUGUGGAUAAACUCUUUGAAAGUCUCUAUACCAAGAACUACCUUCCUCCAUUGGAACCAGUCAAACCAGAGCCAAAACCUACAGUUCAGGAAAAAGAGGAAGUCAAAGAAGAGGUAUUUCAUGAGUCAGCAGAAGAAGAGCGAGAAGUCAGAAAAAAGAAAUAUCCCAGUCCCCAAAAGACCCGUUCAGAAUCUAGUGAACGAAGGACACGUGAGAAAAAAAGAGAAGAUGGCAAGUGGAGGGAAUAUGACAGGUACUACGAGAGAAAUGAAUUGUAUCGUGAUAAGUAUGACUGGCGAAGAGGCAGGAGUAAAAGCCGUAGUAAAAGCAGAGGAUUGAGUCGUAGUCGGAGCCGAAGUAGGGGAAGAAGCAAAGACCGAGAUCCAAAUAGAAGUGUUGCAGAACACAGGGAAAGAUCAAAGUUCAAGAGUGAAAGGAAUGAUUUGGAUAAUUCCUAUGUGCCAGUGUCUGCACCACCCACUAACUCUUCUGACCAGUAUUCCUGUGGGGCUCAGUCUAUUCCCAGCACCGUUACCGUGAUUGCACCUGCUCACCACCCUGAGAACACAACUGAGAGCUGGUCUAAUUACUAUAACAAUCAUAGCUCUUCCAAUUCUUUUGGUAGAAACCCACCACCAAAGAGGCGAUGCAGAGAUUAUGAUGAAAGAGGAUUUUGUGUACUUGGUGACCUUUGUCAGUUUGAUCAUGGGAAUGAUCCUCUAGUGGUUGAUGAAGUUGCUCUACCAAGCAUGAUCCCUUUCCCACCUCCACCUCCUGGGCUUCCUCCUCCACCACCACCUGGCAUAUUAAUGCCUCCAAUGCCAGGACCAGGGCCAGGGCCAGGGCCAGGCCCCGGACCAGGGCCAGGACCAGGCCCCGGACCAGGGCCUGGCCACGGUAUGAGACUUCCAGUUCCACAGGGACAUGGUCAGCCUCCACCUUCUGUUGUGCUUCCUGUACCGAGACCACCUAUAACACAGUCAAACUUGAUAAAUAACCGUGACCAGCCUGGAACAAGUGCAGUGCCCAAUCUUGCACCAGUGGGAGCAAGACUACCUCCUCCUUUACCCCAGAACCUCCUUUAUACAGUAUCAGAACGACAGCCCAUGUACUCUCGUGACCAUGGUGCUACUGCAUCUGAGCGACUUCAGUUGGGGACACCGCCUCCUCUUUUGGCAGCUCGUUUGGUGCCACCUCGAAACCUCAUGGGAUCCUCCAUUGGGUACCAAACCUCAGUUUCCAGUCCCACCCCUCUGGUCCCAGAUACUUAUGAGCCAGAUGGCUAUAACCCAGAAGCUCCUAGUAUUACCAGUACUGGUAGAUCUCAAUACCGACAGUUCUUUUCAAGAACACAGACACAGCGCCCAAAUCUCAUUGGCCUGACAUCUGGUGAUAUGGAUGCAAAUCCAAGAGCUGCUAAUAUUGUCAUCCAAACUGAACCACCAGUUCCCGUGUCAAUUAAUAGCAACAUAACCAGAGUAGUGCUUGAACCGGAUAGCAGAAAAAGAGCUUUGAGUGGUUUGGAAGCACCUCUCACGAAGAAGCCUUGGAUGGGAAAGCAAGGGAAUAACAAUCAGAGUAAACAAGGAUUCCUAAGAAAGAAUCAAUAUACGAACACCAAAUUAGAAGUCAGGAAAAUUCCACAGGAACUCAACAAUAUUACAAAGCUCAAUGAGCACUUCAGCAAAUUUGGAACUAUUGUUAAUAUUCAGGUUGCUUUUAAGGGUGAUCCUGAAGCAGCUCUCAUCCAAUAUCUCACUAAUGAUGAGGCCAGAAAAGCCAUUUCCAGCACAGAAGCUGUUCUGAAUAACCGUUUUAUAAGAGUUCUGUGGCACAGGGAAAAUAAUGAGCAGCCACCAUUACCACCACCAACACAGCAGCUGCUGCUCCAGCAGCAGCAGCAGACAUCUCUGUCUCACCUGUCCCAGCAACACCAUCAUCUCCAGCAACACCUCCAUCAGCAGCAAGCACUGGUAGCUCAGUCUCCACCCUCCACAGUGCAUGGGGGUAUUCAGAAGAUGAUGAACAAACCACAGGCACCAGGUGUGUAUGUUCUUAACAAAGUUCCUGUUAAACAUCGCCUUGGGCAAGCUAGUGGAAACCAGGGUGAUACAGCACACUUAUUGAACCAGUCUGGUGGAACCACUGGAGAUGAUUGCCAGACAUUUUCAUCAUCAGGCCAUGCAAAAAUGGUGUACAGCUCCACAAACUUAAAGACAACUCCAAAACUUGGUUCAGCAUCUAAAUCCCAUGAUGUCCAAGAAGUUCUUAAAAAGAAACAGGAGGCAAUGAAGCUACAACAAGAUAUGAGGAAAAAGAGACAAGAAGUACUAGAGAAACAAAUAGAAUGUCAAAAGAUGCUGAUAUCAAAGUUGGAGAAAAACAAGAACAUGAAACCAGAAGAAAGAGCAAACAUAAUGAAGACCUUGAAAGAACUUGGAGAAAAAAUCUCACAGUUGAAGGAUGAAUUAAAAACAUCUGCAGCUUCUACACCAUCCAAACUGAAGUCAAAGACAGAGGCACAGAAAGAGCUGCUAGAUGCAGAACUAGACUUCCACAAGAGACUAUCUUCUGGUGAAGACACAACAGAAUUACGGAAAAAACUGAAUCAGUUACAGGUUGAGGCUGCUCGUUUGGGUAUUUUGCCUGUGGGUCGUGGAAAGACCAUGUCUGCUCAAGGCCGAGGAAGAGGCCGAGGCCGUGGAGCAAGAGGAAGGGGCCCAUUAAAUCACAUGGUGGUGGAUCACCGCCCCAGAGCAAUAACAGUUAUGGGCUUCUUUGAGGAGGAGAAAGAUGAAUUACUUCAGCAUUUUUCAAAAUUUGGAGAUAUUGAAGAUCUUCAAGAAGAAGAAUCACCUUUAAGUGUUGUUUUAACGUACAAGUCUAGGUCAGAAGCUGAAAAUGCUGCAAACCAAGGAUCAAAAUUCAAAGAUCGCAGACUACAGAUAUCAUGGCACAAACCCAAGGUACCAUCUAUAUCCACAGAAACUGAGGAAGAAGAAGCCAAGGAAGAGGAGACUGAAGCUUCAGAUUUGUUUUUGCAUGAUGAUGAUGAUGAAGAUGAAGAUGAAUAUGAAUCUCGUUCUUGGCGAAGAUGAAAUCUGAUGGGAGCUGUAUAGUUUUAGGAAUUUUGUUUAGAAGAACAACUUUUAAAAAUUAUUUAAAGACGUCAUUGAGCCAAAAAUUUUUAUUUUUUUUUCUUUUCAACAUAGGUUUAAAGACAGCAAGUUUGCUAUUUAAACACAUCUCAUAACUGUAUGUGAUAUUAAAGCAGCCAAAGGCCUAGUGACUUUUACACAAUUCUGAAGAUCCACAAGAGUCAUAUGGGUGUUCUCUAGAGCCUUAUUUUCUACACCACCUAUUUUCGAUGGUGUGGGAUUAUGAUGUAGAUGACAGGGUGUUUAGAAAUUUUAUUUUGUAAUAUAAUCUGCUGAUAAAAUUUCAUUAAAUGUCAAAGUAGCCUGGAAUCUCGUAACUCUCAGAUAUUAUGGAUGGGGUCGUCACACUAUGGGAGAUAUUUUUGACUAAACCUUGUUUUAAGAUUCAUCUUGAAAGAAAAAUACAAUUUGUUUUAAUUUUUUAA